AUGGGCACUGGCAGCACUGCUGAAGUUUCUGUUCAAGAAACUAGAUCUGACAGAAAAAGUGAAUUAAAAGCUUUCGAUGAUACAAAAGCUGGUGUCAAAGGACUCGUUGAUGCUGGGGUUUCAAAGGUCCCUCAAAUCUUCAUCAAUCCGUCUGAAAUUUUGGAGAAUAGGACUCUAAGUGCCAGCAAGAAGCCAGUUACUGUCCCUGUCAUAGACCUUGAAGCUAUUGAUAAAGAUCCAAUAAGGCGAAAAGAGAUUGUUGACAAAGUUCGUAAAGCGUCGGAGACAUGGGGUUUCUUUCAGUUAGUCAAUCAUGGAAUCCCUGUGAGUGUUCUGGAGGAGAUGGAUGCCGCACAAGUGGCUAAUUGGAGGGAUACAUUUUUCUCCUACAUGGCUCCUCAUCCUCCCAAGCCUGAAGAAUUGCCUGGAGCUUGCAGAGAUAUAAUGAUGGAAUUCUCGAAGCAAGUUACAAGUCUAGGAAUUCUUUUGUUCGGGUUGUUGUCGGAGGCUCUUGGGCUAAAAACAGACCACCUGGAAAAGAUGGACUGUGCUGAGGGGCUGGCUCUUAUAAGUCAUUACUAUCCAGCAUGUCCUGAGCCAGAGUUAACCCUAGGCACAAGCAAGCAUUCGGAUAUUGACUUCCUCACAGUGCUUCUGCAAGAUCAGAUUGGAGGCCUCCAAGUGCUUCAUCAGGAUCAGUGGGUUGAUAUUUCCCCUGUGCCAGGAGCCCUAAUAAUCAAUAUUGGAGAUCUUCUGCAGCUGAUAUCGAAUGACAAAUUUAAAAGUGUGGAACACAGAGUAAUGGCAAAUCGUGUAGGUCCAAGAGUAUCAGUUGCAUGUUUUUUCAGCACAAGUUUCCAGCCAUCCUCAAAGCUAUAUGGGCCGAUUAAGGAGCUAUUAUCAGAAGAUAAUCCUCCUAUUUAUCGAGAAACCACAGUGAAUGAGUAUCUUUCCUACUUCUAUGAUCAUGGCAUUGAUGGAACUAAUCCAUUGAUGCACUUCAAGCUGUAA